AUGGUGUCCAAGGCAGCCCCCGUCGUGGCGUCGGCCCUCGCGGCCCUCGCGCUCACGGCCGCGCUGCUGCGCCAGGGCCCCGCCGUCGCCCUGAGCCAGCUCGCGACGACCGACGCCGCGCCCCAGGAGCAGAGCACGACGACGAACUUCCUGAGCGACGACGCCCUGGCCCUCGCCGGGGAGAUCGCAUCCGAGCGCGGCAUGGAGGAUUUGGUGACGGUGCUCCCCGGCGCGAACUUUGUCAACAGCUUCGCGACGUUCUCGGGCUACCUCGACGUUUCCGACACGAAAAAGACGUUUUAUUGGUUCGUAACGGCUCGCGACGCGUCCAAGGCCAAGGACAAGCCCGUGGUCAUGUGGACCAACGGCGGGCCCGGCUGCUCCGGGUUGAUCGGCUUCUGGACGGAGAUGGGGCCCUGGCGCGCGACGGAGGACAUGACCAUCGAGCCCUUCGACUUCGCGUGGAACAAGGAGGCGAACAUGCUUUUCAUCGAAUCCCCGACGGGCGUGGGCUUCUCCACGUCGAACAAGGACGCGGACUUCGACGCCGGCGACUGGUCCACGGCCAAGGACAACUUCGAGCUGCUGAAGCAGUUCUUCGGCCGCUUCCCGGGGCUCGCGGACAACGACUUGUACUUGUCGGGCGAGUCGUACGGCGGCCACUACGUCCCCACGCUGGCCUCGCUCCUCGUCGGCGCGCGCGACGCGCCCGACGCCAACGUGUCCGACGCGGGCUACAAGGUCGCGGCGAACCUCAAGGGCAUCAUGGUCGGCAACCCCUACACGGACCCCGUCGAGAACGCGCACGGCAUGUACGGCGCGUACUUCGGCCGGAGCAUGGUGCCCGCGAAGAUGUACCAGGACUGGUUCGUCAACUGCGGCUCCCACAGCGAGAUGAAGUACUACGCGCUCAACUACUCGGACUGGCCCGAGUCCAUCACGGGCGAUAUGGAGUGCGCGGAGCUCACGGCGGCGAUGUUCGACGCCAUCGGCGACGUCGACUACUACGGCCUCGACUUCCCCGUCUGCAACAAGGCCCAGGGCCUCGAGCGCCGGCGCCUCGCCGGCGCGCCGGCGAAGUACGGCUACGACGCCUGCGUCGCCGACUACGCGACGCAGUACCUCAACAAGGCGGAGGUGAAAAAUGCGAUCCACGCGAACGCGUCGCUGCUCUGGGCCGAGUGCAGCCUGCCGGACACGCUCCGCUACAACUACGACGACAUGAACCUCUUCAUGGAGCCCGUGUGGAAGAAGCUCAUCGAGGCCAAGCUCCACCUCCUCGUCUUCUCCGGCGACGACGACUCGAUCUGCGGGCCCAUCGGCACGCAGGACUGGCUCGCGCGCCUCGCGGACGAGAUGGGCCUCUCCGACGCGGGCGAGACGUGGCAGGCCUGGUACUACGUCGACCCGGAGUACGGCGACGGCCAGGUCGGCGGCUACCGCGUCAAGUACCAGUCCUCCGACGGCGACAUGGCCAUCGCGUUCGCCACGGUGCACCACGCGGGCCACGAGGUGCCCAUGUACCAGCCCAUGAAGGGCCUCCACGUCUUCGAGAACUACCUCAACGGCACCUGGUAG